AUGACCUCCCCCAACGACAAGCACCUUCCGGCGCUUGCACCUGGCCCGCCAGGUCUUGCCCAACCUAAUCUAUCAACGCGUCUCGCUCCGGGGCCACGGAAAAUCUCGGCGGCUUGUUUGCCGUGCAAGCAAGCUAAAAGAAAAUGCAGUGGACGUCCAGCCCCGUGUAAAGCAUGUCGAAAUACAGAUGCAGAAGCUGAUUGUGUUUUCGAUCUGACCCUCGACCUUCGCCGCAAAGUUGCCCAGAGACGCACAGUCGAUGAACGGGAAUAUUAUCGCAGUGUGUUGUCUUCUCUGUUGGACGAACUUCGCUCGUCGGAACCAGUCAGGAUCAACGAACUGGUCAACUUCAUACGCAGCGAUGCCUCGAUGGGUCGGAUCGCCACCGUCCUUGCAGAUACAACAAUCAACCUCGAUGAUUUCAGUUCGAUAAGCCUGGACAACAAUCCGAGUGUGGAGAGUGCUAUUCAGAGUUUAUUCCCGCCGCCAGAUCCAUGCUUGACAAGUGGAUAUUUUCGAAUAACCCUCGAGAGUCUUGUUGACAUACCCUUGUUCCAAGUCCCCGCGAAACCUUGGACCAAUGUCACCGAUGAUGACAAUCUUGUCUCCCAUCUGAUCUCUUUAUACUUUACAUGGGACCACCCAUGCUGGCAGUUGCUGGAUCAGAAGGUCUUUCUGUUGCAUAUGAAGACGGGUGACCUGGAGUCACAAUACUGCACACCAUUCCUGGUGAACAGUAUCUUAGCCAUGGCCAGCCUUUAUUCCGAUACCCCAGAUGUUUUUGCCGUCCCUGGAAAUACGGAUUCUUGCGGGUCGCACUUCUAUAUGGAAGCCGAGAGGCUUUGGAGGGCUGAGGAGGGGACCGUGAGCUUGGCGAACAUCCAGGGAUUGGUUAUCAUGUGUCAUGCGUUGAAAUGCCAGGGAAAGGACGGAGUUAGCUGGCUGACGCUGAGACAAGCUGUACAGCUCGCACAAGAUUUUGGCAUGUUUCGAGUCCCACCGUUGCAUGCAAAUUGGGAGGAAAUGGACGCAGACAUGCAGCGUAUUCAUGCAACCACUGCCUGGGGGAUCUUUGUCAUGAAUUUGGACAUGUCUAUGGAACUGCACAAGGACGCGAAUCUCGGGUUCCCAUUGUGCCGGCCUUAUACGCCUGACGACCUGAAUGACAAUAUCGCGUGGACCCCUUAUCCUCGCUCGAACCAAAUCGAAUACGCCGAGAAGCCGGGACUUCUCCGUUAUGUUGCGACAGAACUCGCCAAUCUGACGGAAAUCACUGCGAGUAAGCAGCAACUGUUCUUUAUGAAUGCUUGCCACAUGGAGGUCAAUGACCUCUGGAGAAGGACUAACCAAAUAUACUCGCGUCUCCAGCAAUGGCGUGAAAACAUGCCAGACGUUUUGAAAAUUGACAGUUACCCUGUCCCGCAAGAGAUAUUGUCAUUGUUCAAUGCCUUUGUGGGUUAUAAGGGCCUAGACAGCCCGUCACGUCCAGCCUGGUUCGAACAAAGCAGACUAACCCGCCUUCAAUCGGCCAAGGAUAUCUCCCGAUGCUUCGGCGUCCUGCGACUAUCCUAUGGGUAUAAGCGGAUACCCAGCCACAUGCUCGAGGCGGCGGGCACUAGUCUUGCUGUAGUGAUGAGCGACUUGACGAACGAGGAAUCCGGGAACGCGUUUUUUGAGCUUUGUCGGAUCGUAGUGGUGUUCGGAAAACGAUUAAAACAAGCCAAGCGCAUGAUUCCGAGAAUUCUCUCGAUUGCGCAGCAGUCGGGAAUCAUCUUACCACCAGAGGCAGUGUUGAUUCUUGAAUCGGGUUUAUGA